AUGAAGCUCACCGCUGAAUUUGUUGUGGUCGCACUCGCCGUCGCUAUCGCCUCCGCCGAGCUGGACCUAAAGCCGGCCAACUACUUGGACCCUGCUUCAAUUAGGGGUCCGUCUCUGGGGCAAUUUGUCCCUGUCGACGAGCAGACAGCAAAAGAGAUGGAUGCUGUUGUAAAGGGCAACGGCAACAGCCACACUGUCGAAAAUCCCCACUCGCAACCGACUCAGGAUCCCGCUUUCCUGGAGGUCCCCGGACUCCCCCGCCGAAACAACACUAUACCCAAUUGCUCUCAGGUCUGCCCCGACGUGUACGAGCCUGUGUGUGGUACUGACAGCGUCACGUACAGCAACUCAUGCGAGUUGGGAAUCGCCAGCUGCAAGAGCCCGGAAAAGAAUAUCGCAAAGAAAAUCAAUGGCCGCUGCUAA